AUGGCCCAAUCAUUUUCACCGUCGUCAUUCCUUUUGACACAAAUUUUGAAUUUUUCCAACUGGACAACUUGCUACCAAAAACUGCAAAUCAAUGUUGAUGGCGCUUGCUGCAUUGAGAACACAGCUGAAAAAAUUAAUCUCACUGAUUUUAUUGAUUAUAACAAUGUCCUGCUGAAUGGUCGACUGGACGAUAACAUGACCACUGCUCUGACGAUAUGUACCUCUCUGUGUCGGUACAGACAGUCGAGUCAACCUGUUUGUCAAGGAUUCAAUUUGAGAUUCGAUUCAAAAACGUGCGAGUUGUUUCGGUAUAAGCCGAUUUAUUUCACCAGACAGUGUGGAUGCACGUAUCAUGCGCUGAAGCCUGUCGACACAACUGAUCUUGUGUUUUUACCAACUUACCCAUAUCAACAGUUGCUUUUUGGAGCAAAAUUUCUGCCAUCAACGAGUAAAACAUUCCUAGUUCAGCUAAAAGGCAGUCCGGCAUCCAGGUCCUUCAAUAAAAGCUGGACUGAAUUCAAAGUCGGUUUUUCUGUCUCGGAUUUGUCGGCUCCAAUAAGUGCCAAAUCAUCAACCUUUGCAGCUUCCAAUGUUGGGUGUUGUGCUGGAAAGUCGUGGAAUGCAUAUUGGCUGGGUAAUGAGUUACUGAACAAGCUGACAAACAGUUACACAUGUGAUCUUCAUGUAUUUCUCAAUGCGAACAAUUCAAAAGAUAUUCAUCGUAUUGCAGCUGGAAAGCCGGAAUUUCAAUAUUCUUAUUUUCAACCAUUCAAAGUGGCUGACGAAAGGAACGAUUACAAGUUGAGUAUGAUAACCCACUCUGCUGGCAACUGCACAACAGCCAAUGGGAUGUCAGUCAAACAGGGCUCCCCGUUCUCCACCUAUGAUGUUGAUAACGAUAGCGAUGUCAAUGUUAACUGCGCUUUGGCCUACAAUGCAGGCUGGUGGUAUGCCAACUACAUUGGGGACCUUGGAAAAUGCAGUGCCACAAAUUUCAACACCUACUUCCCAUAUUUUCUCACUUACUACCCGAUCCCAGGAAGUACUUCUACCUACAACUUGUUCAGCACGCAGAUGUGGUUACAAUGCUUUUAA